AUUUGGAAUGACUAUUUAACAGAUGACAUAGUCUUGCCCCGUGAGACGGAUUUAGUGGAAGUGGACAGAACUUGAUUGAAAAUUAAACAACCUACCGCGCUAGCACACAGAGCCCGCCCCUCGCGCUCAGGUCGACGCUCCUAGUUCCUGCAGUCGUCGAAUCCUCUCCCAGCUUAGAUAGGUGGCCGCAAAUGCUGGGUUAUUAUCAGUCGAGUGUUUCGGAGAUUUUGCCAACUAACUAAAACGUAGAAAUAGGCGCACCUUUUGAGGGGAGUAUUUGACAUGUUGGCUGGCAUUUUAAAAUGAAGAGGACUGCUUUGGCGACACUGAUUUGGAGUACUAACUUAAUAGAAGAAUUAUAGGUAACCUUUCCUCACAAAAAAGCGGCGAAUGAGUGGCCUGCAAGUCUUCUAGCAUUAAACGCCGGACACCACCGGGACUUGGACCUGCUUCCGUACUUGACGGCUCAUUGGAAAAAGGCACAAUGCCAGAGGACAUAAGUGUCGGUGAGUUUAUCUCUGAGACCAACGAGGACUAUAAAGCCCCCACCACCUCCAACUUCUCCAAACGGCUCCUACACUGUCGAAACACCGUGUCCGCUUUGGAAGAGGCUCUGGAUGGAGAUCGAGCCGUGCUGUAUAAGAUCAAGAAGUCUGUGAAGGGCAUCAAUACCUCUGGUCUGGUUCAUGUGGAGAACCAGGAGCAGUACAUACAGUUUCUGGAGAAGUUUGGGGACAACUGCGUGGUCAGGGAUGACGCAGAGGUGGGCUCCACCUUCCUCAAGUUUGCGGGCUUUACCAAGGAGCUCACGUCUCUCUUUAAGAACCUGUUACAAAACAUGACCAACAUCAUCAACUUCCCCCUGGACAGUUUGUUGAAGGGAGACCUGAAAGGCGUUAAAGGGGAUCUGAAGAAGCCUUUCGACAAAGCCUGGAAAGAUUACGAGACUAAAUUAACUAAGAUAGAGAAGGAGAAGAAGGAGCACGCCAAGCAGCACGGGAUGAUCCGCACCGAGUUCAGCGGUGGAGAGAUAGCGGAGGAGAUGGAGAAGGAGCGGCGCAUCUUCCAGCUGCAGAUGUGUGAGUAUCUGCUCAAGGUGAACGAGAUCAAAGUGAAGAAGGGGGCCGAUUUCCUACAGACCCUUAUCAAGUAUUUCCACGCCCAGUGCAAUUUCUUCCAGGACGGACUGAAGGCUGUGGAGUCCAUGCAACCGGCUGUAGAGAAGCUAGUUACCGACCUGAGCACAAUCAAGCAGAGUCAAGAUGGAGAGCGAAAGCAGCUGGCCCAGCUCCGAGACGUCCUGAAGAACUCGCUUCAGUCCGACCAGAAGGAGGAGGGCCAGGGUAAACAGAAUGCAGGGUAUAGUCUUCACCAGCUGCAGGGCAACAAGGCCUAUGGGACAGAGCACUCAGGUUUUCUGUACAAGAAGAGUGAGGGACUGAGGAAGGUGUGGCAGAAGAGGAAAUGUUCAGUGAAUAAUGGUUAUCUCACCAUUAGCCAUGGCACGCCUAACGCCACCCCGGCCAAACUCAACCUCCUCACCUGCCAGGUCAAGAGAAACCCAGAGGAGAAGAAGAGCUUCGACCUGUUCUCACAUGACAGGACCUACCACUUCCAGACGGAGGAAGAGGCUGAUUGUCAGAUAUGGAUCUCGGUGCUGCAGAACAGCAAGGAGGAGGCCCUGAACAAGGCCUUCAAGGGGGUCCAGGACGAGGGCGGCGAGAACAACAUCGUGCAGGAGCUGACCAAGGCCAUCGUGGUGGAGGUGAAGAGGAUGAGCGGGAACGACUGCUGCUGCGACUGCGGAGCGCCCAGCCCCACCUGGCUCUCCACCAACCUGGGAGUCCUGAUCUGCAUCGAGUGCUCGGGGAUCCACCGGGAGAUGGGGGUCCACUACUCCAGGAUCCAGUCCCUGGACCUGGACCUCCUGGGAACCUCAGAGCUCUUGCUGGCGAAGAAUGUGGGCAACGCAAACUUCAACGACAUCAUGGAGACGGAGCUGUCAGCGCUGGACGUGACCAAGCCCAACCCCUCCAGCGACAUGCAGACCAGGAAGGACUACAUCACGGCCAAGUACACCGAGCACCGCUUCGUCCACAGGAGGUCUGCGGACGCGGCGGGCCGGCUGCAGGCGCUGUCGGAGGCGGUGCGCACCCAGAACAUCCUGUCCCUCCUGGAGGUCUACGCCGAGGGCGUGGAGCUCAGCGACAUCAUCCCACAGGCCAACGAACACGAGCCAGGAGAGACGGCCCUCCACCUCGCGGUCCGGAUGGUGGACAGGAACUCGCUCCACAUCGUAGACUUCCUGGCGCAGAACUGUUCUAACCUGGAUAAGCAGACGACCAAAGGGAGUACAGCUCUCCACUACUGCUGUCUGACUGACAACAGUGAAUGUCUCAAGCUGCUGCUGAGAGGGAAAGCUUCGGCCAGCAUCACCAAUGAGGCGGGGGAGACGGCGCUGGACAUCGCCCAGCGGUUGGGCCACAGUGGGUGUGAGGAGCUGCUGUCUCAGGCCCAGACGGGGAAGUUCAAUGUCCACGUGCAUGUGGAGUAUGAAUGGCGGCUCCAGAAUCAGGACCUAGAUGAGAGCGACGACGAGAUGGAGGACAAGCCCAUCCCCCAGAAGAGGGAGGAGCGCCCGGUCAGCUGCUUCCUCCCCGGCCUCCACUCCUCCCCCUCCUCCUUCCCCCUGAAGCCCGCCCUGGGCAUCCUGGCCCGGGACGUGGCCCUGAUGGCGCGGGACAAGCAGCGCGCCAACGUGGCCAGCAUGAUGAUCUCCAACGAGACCUACGGCACCACGCUGGACCUCAACGCCCUGGGCUACGGACACAACGCCCCCCCACCGCCGCCCGCCAGGGGGCCGGCCAAAGGUGUGGGAGGCAACAAGCUCGUCUCCGUGGAGACAGCGGGGAGGCAGCGGUCCUCCUCAGACCCGCCCUUGGUCCACCCCCAGGACAGGAGCAGUAUGGUGUAUGAGCCCCCUCCUCCCCCUCUCCCAGGGACCAGGAGGACCAGCAUCGACGUCAAGUCCAUCAGGAACACCCCCCUGCCUCCCCUUCCUACCCUCCCCGGCAUCCGGCCCCCACCCGUACCCGGCCACCAGACUACCAGCGGCCGGUCCCAGACAGAGCCCGCCUCCCCCAAGGGCCUCAGCAGAAAGACUGUUCUCCCCCCACGUAGACCCCCGCUCAGGGCUGGGUCGAUAGCCAGAGAAGGCCAGCCCAUGUCCCCUCAGGGUUCGAAUCCACCGGCACCCAAACCCCGGAGCACCCUCCCUAAACAGAAGCAGAAGAGGGUGAAGGCUAUCUACAACUGCGUGGCCGACAACCCAGACGAGCUGACCUUCGAUGAGGGAGAGGUUAUUGUCGUAGAACGGGAGGAGGACGCCGAGUGGUGGGUUGGACACAUCGAAGCAGAUCCAGGCCGUCAAGGGGUGUUUCCACUGACGUUCGUCCACUUCAUCACAGACUAAUCCACUCCACCACGUGCUCAAUGGGACCUUCCUUUUUUUUAACCCACCAUGUUGUAUAUUUUCUUGUUAGCACAUUGUUAUUUUGUUGUUCUGUUUUUUUCAAUAAAAGCCAUAUGUAAAGCUUUACUCUUGAUGGUAGAUGUUUCCGAAGAUGUUCAUACCAAGUCGUCUCCUACAUUUCUUUGCAUUAUCUGUUUAACUGUAACAAAGUUAAUGCUGUACAGAGGGUACGACAAAAGCCACCUUCAUGGGUGGGAGAAACGUCAUGUUUUGGAUGUUAUUGCUGCAAAAAUAAAUAAACCAAAAUCAAAACAGCAUAACAGCCUGUUGUUCUGUG